AUGAUUAAAAUAAACAAAUUUACAAUAAGUUUAAUAGUAAUAACAACACUGUUUUUACAAGUCUCUCAAUGCUCAAAGAUAAAUUUUGAUAUCUACCAUACUACCGAUGAAAUAAAUCUACUACUUCAACAGCUAGAUGGUAAUUGUGAAGGCUAUAGCUUAAAUUUGGCUAAUGAUGAUCCUGAUAUUUAUGAAGUCACUUUAAGCUCACUAGAAAGCGAUAAACCACUUAAAGCACUUAUAAUUUUUGGCGAGCAUCCAAGAGAAUUAAUAUCACCUGAAACUGGUUUAAAUUUUCUUAAAUCUUUAUGCGGAUAAAGUUAAUUUGGAGAUUAUGAACUAACACAAAAAAUAAGGGAUAACUAUGAUCUGAAGCUAAUCAUUAAUUCAAAUCCUAAUUCUAGAAGAUUAGUAGAAGAAGGUGAUUAUUGCAAGCGUGAAAAUCCAAAUUUUGUAGAUAUUAAUAGAAAUUGGGGUAGUCACUGGGAACAUGUCUAAGAUGAAUAAAGGUAAGUUAAUUCAGGCGAAGCUCCUUUUAGCGAAAUAGAAACUUAGGUUUUAAAAAAAAUAGCCACUGAUUUUUCACCUAAUGUUUUCAUUUCAAUUCACUCUGGUACUUUAGGUCUCUAUACUCCUUAUGCUUAUACAAACUAAAGAGCUGAAAGAAAUGAAGAACAUAUGAUCAAUAUUGUGAGUGAUAUAUAAAAAAAAUAUUGCAAAAAUUGUAGUGUUGGAGCUGCUGGAAAAGAAGUAGGUUACCUUUGUCCUGGAACUUGUUUGGACUAUAUUUAUGAAACCCUUGAAGCUGAUUAUUCUUUUGCAUUUGAAAUUUAUUCAAACGAAAAUGAAAUUCAUUAAGCUCUUGAAGGUAGUAGCUUUUUACAAAUGAGAUCUAGAAAUCAAAGACUUCGUCAUACUUUUAGAAGAAGCGAAUAAUUCCGUCCAUCAUCGUGUUUCCUUCAAUCCAGUUCUGAAUCAAGCAACGAUACUGAUUCCGAUAGUUUAUCAGAUCUUUUUUCAGAUAGUUAUUAACAGUGCUUCUUAUUUUUUAAUCCUGAAUCUCAUGAUGAUUAUGAUUUUGUUAUUGAUAAUUGGACAAAGGCUCUUUAUGAGACUCUUAACCAUGUUACUGAUAACAAAACCUUAUGA